UUACCUUCUCGAGGGCUUAUAGCAGUUGGGUAGAUACUUUAACAGUUUAAGAAGUAUAUAAAGGGGAACAACUUUAUACCUGAAAAUAGUGUCGAUCUUAAUUGUUGCAUAAUUUUAUUUGGAUAAAUGAUUGCAGUGUUAUUGUUUAGUUAAAACUUAAACAACCUCCAUUUUAAAACAAUCGAUAAACAGAACGUUUGUGUUAUUCUGCCUGUUUGUACGUCGUUAUAACUUUUAUACAAUAUUACACAUUUCAUUUAAUUGUUACUGAUAAUAAUUACUUGUAUUUGUAAUUGUAUGGUAUGAAAAGUAUACGUUAUUGUAAGUUGACAAGGUAAAUUAGUGUAAAUUAUUAAAUGUGUAUAAAACCAAUAAUUUUUAUACGGAGAUAAAAUAUUACAGCUUUAUAAAUUAUAGUUAUACACGUCACUAUAGUCUAUAGUACUACUACUAGUAACGUUGUUAGUUACUUAACUCUUAUUGUUAUAGUCUUAAGAGAAAAUUCAUUUUUGUUUAAAGCAUAAUAAUAUAAGGCUAUUUGAGUUAGAGCGUUAAGUAGAGUGUAGUAUUGCCUAUAGUUGUGUCAUUUCAUAACUUCCAUAUGUUUGCCAAACUGUGACAUUAUUACUUGUUAAGUAUACUGUAUAGGGCUUCGACUUAUUUCAAAUUCAGGCUUUUAUUGAUUCUUGUUAUAAACUUCUUACCAAAAUAUCAAGAUGUAUCAGUGUAUCACUUGUAGUUGUUGGUUUUAUUUCAUUCCUUUACUAGUAUUUAUUGAUAUAUUUGGAUCCUUUGGUAAUUGUGAGUUCACUUAUGGAUAUGGACCUCAAGAGUAUGCACUUGCUUUGAUUAACAUUACUUACACACAUCCUCUGACUGGAAAAAUUUAUUACGAUAAGAGUAAAAUAGGAAAGUUUAACAUAGGUAAGAUAGAACCAGCAAGUGGGGUUGUGAUACAUGUGUCCAGUAAUAACCACACUACUCAUGAUGGUUGUGAACGUUUUGAUUCUGAUAUUAUUCCUCGUGAACCAUGGAUCGCUCUUAUUUCACAUGGACGUUGUAAAGACACAAUUAAGCUGCAACAUGCUAUGAUGAGCAAUGCAACAGCUGCAGUUAUUUACAGCAGUGAGUACAACUCAUUUGGACUCAAGUUACAGCAUCAAGAUGGACCUUCUAUGAAACCUAGUGAAAUGGGAUACAUUAGACAUCUCCUUCAUGAAAUGCUGUACAUACCUGUGUUUGACAUGGUAUCGGUUUUGAUUAAUAAAGAAGACGGAGAGAAAAUUGCUCGCAUAGCCGACAAUGGUACACGCGUUGAGAUGCACAUAACGGUGGGAACUCCUUAUACGUACCAUUAUGCUAACAUCAACCGCACGUCUGUGCUUUUCGUCUCAAUAUCGUUUAUCAUCCUGAUGAUCAUAUCAUUGGCUUGGCUGGUGUUCUACUAUGUCCAGCGAUUUCGUUACAUGCAUGCCAAAGAAAUUUUAGCUAAACGUCUCUGUAACGCAGCAAAGAAAGCUUUGGACAAAAUACCCGUGAAAACUUUGAAAGCAGGAGAUCUGGAGGCGGGUGGGGAGUUGGAAUGCUGUGCUGUUUGUAUUGAGAUGUUCAAAGUUGGAGAAGUUGCCAGAACCCUACCCUGCAAGCAUACAUUUCACAAAUCGUGUGUGGACCCUUGGCUCAUAGAUCAAAGAUCUUGUCCCAUGUGUAAGAUGGAUAUCCUUGAGCACUAUGGACUUAUGUUUAAAGGAAGCCAUGAUAAUGUACUCAACAUGGAUGAGAUGGACUUGAGUAGCUUGCAACAUGGGGAAGAUUUGGAAGUAGUCCAUGUUCCAAUUCAUCAGCAGCCAGUUGCUUGUCAAGGGUGCAAUGAGGUGGGGUCGCCAAGUCGCUCAACAACCUCGGACAUUGAACUCACAGUUGGCAACUGUUCGCUCUUUAGUCCUUUGCAGAGCCCUACCGUGACUAGUGAUUGUAGUCCUUCGUCACUUUCUCAUAACAAGCAGGUUAUAAAGGGCGAUAAUGAGCUGUCAUCAUCUACUCAGCAAGAGAUUGGACCUAAUGAACAACUGAGAACAUUAACUGUAGUUAAAACCCCGUAGAAGUGUCCCAGGGUAAAACUGAAAUUGUAAACCCAGAAUUAAUGUCAUUUUUAUUACUUAAUUGAGUAUAUCUGAGAAAUUUUGUUUCUAAAAUAUGGAAACCUUUUUUUUUUUUGCUUGUUUCGACACUUUCCAGUGCCAAUGAAAAGAGUUCUUACUAGGAUACAGGGGCUGUUAUUAAUUAGCCCGACACUGAAUGGUGAAGUAUGUAAAUAAAUGAAAUGUAAGGCAUGGAUUAUAAUAUUGUUAGUUCUUGAAUGACUGUUUCUAUGUUGCUUUCAAGGGAGUUAAUCUUAUCGUUGUAGGUGGUUAAGACCUGUGUUACAGAAUUUUAUAAAAACUGCACACUUAAUAUACGCUACAUAAUAACAUGUAGCUCGUUGAAUAGUGUUUGCUUAUUGUAAUAUUAUUUAAGAAUAGUUUAAGUAAUUCAAUGAUUUCAACGUAACAGAGACUUAACAAACAUUACUGCAUGUUUUAAGACAAGAAAAACUUUAGUAUUCGUGUACCUAACCCUGUAAUCCUGUUUGAUCUUUGUCCUUAUAAUGUAUGCGUGUUAAGUUCUUCACGAUAAAAAUAGUUUAAUUAAAGAAAAAAGGAGGACACCUUAGAAUUGGAUAUUUACACAUUAUUCUGUGGUUUUAUUUUGUACUAAGCUAAAGUCAAUCAUAGAAUAGGGUUUUACGAAUGAAUGCUGGCACCGAUUCUAUUUAGUCAUUACUAAAUGCACAAACAGUGCUACUUGUGAAGUACCAUUUGAUAUAUUUUUCUUAUGAAAGUGAGGAAUAAAAAAUUAAAUUCUUUUUAUUUCAUUCUAAUCAGCAUGUUUAUAUUAUAAACUCUCAUCACUCAUGAAAAAAUGUAAUCAGAUCAUUAAGUUUUGUAACUUUUUAUUAGUGAAAUUGUGU